GUUUUCCACAUCAACCCACUUAUUCCGACUGCUUGAUACUCUCUGCUGGCGUCUGACGACCAUCUUCUUAGCAUCUCAUCGAUACUGGAGUACCAGGUAGUGACACAGCUUCGCCAUGAGACUAUCGAUAUACACAACGGCAGCGGCGCUGUUCGCAAACACCAUGGCAGCACCGACAUCGAAGCUUGACAGCAUGGCAGCACCGACAUCGAAGCUUGACAGUUCAGCCACCACAUCUGCACAUUUUGGGAGCGAGAUGGUAAGGAGAGACGGCGGAGAUGGCAAGUACUUUCACGAGCCCGGAGGCGAUAAUACGCUCGGCCAUUAUGACAAACGCUACUUUCACGGCGUGGUCUCAGACGAAGAACGAAGAGACACACAAAAGCACAUGGUGCGCGCGUAUCUCGACUUCUUCCGCUUGAACGAUCUUGACACAUGGAUUGCCCACGGGACGUUGCUUGGGUGGUGGUGGAAUGGCCAGCGUUUACCGUGGGACUUCGAUCUCGACACCCAAGUUAGCGGCGCCACCCUUCACCAUCUCGGUGAAGCCUACAACCAGACCAACUACUCUUAUACUUCCGACGACGAGCAAGUAAAACGCACCUUUCUCCUCGAUGUAAAUCCUUGGAUCUGGCAACGCGAGCGUGGCAACGGCAUGAACAUCAUUGACGCAAGGUGGAUCGACGUCCGUAACGGCCUCUUCAUCGACAUUACCGGUCUCUCGGAGACACACCCAGACGAUCAGCCUGGUGUCUGGAGUUGCAAAAACUAUCACCGCUACCGUACCGACGAGCUUUAUCCUCUGCGUGAAACAAUGUUCGAGGGCGUCAUAGCGAAGGUACCAUAUAGUUACGACAAGAUUCUAACGGAUGAGUACAAAGAGAGCGCGCUGGUAAACACUCAGUUUAAUGGGCAUGAGUGGGACCCCAACGCCAAGGUGUGGGAAAAGACGGAAGAAACACUGAGAAAGGAGGAGGAGGAGCAGAAGAAGAAGAAGGAGGAAGAAGAGAAGAAGAAGGAGGAAGAAGAGAAGAAGGCCGUCGAGCAGGCACAGAUGGCGUAGUGGGCCAGCUGGCCAUAGUACUACAUUAUCAUCUUGGGUUUCAUGAUUAGCGUUGCAUUGCAUCGCGUCGGCGUCCUGCGAAGUAUUGCUGG